AAUACACCGGCGUCAGAGUAUAUUCUCGCUACCACACAAACGAUUACAGCGACGGAUUCAACGCCUAGCUGUACACCAGCUUUAUCAACACGGCUCAUAGCUUCCCACAGCCCUGGUUGCAAUCUCAGGGACAAGCAUCCCCCGUGUCAGCAUCAGCAGCUGACGAUGCUGGUCACAGCGACUUGGUUAAAAUGGAUUUAAAGUUGGGAGGUUUGAGUGACAUUUUUCGCAGGCAUUGGGCGAACUCUUUAUAAACAUAUCAACUUAUUUGUUCGGCCAAUUCAGACUCUCCUAUUGGCUCGGUUCACGUUGCUUGAAACUCACCCCGGAUCUCAUGUGAUUGGAUAUUACAUGCAAAUACGAGAAGACACACCUUCCACGGAGGGAGGGUUACAGUGUGGUCACAAUUACGUUAUGCGUUCUGGAUAACACAACUGUUUGGUUUGUUUCAGUGCUCGGCGUUGGGUUCGACGAGGAGGAUACCUGUUGCUUGGUGGAAACAUGUAGGAAUUACUCAAAGAAUUACAGGAAUCGUAUAUAGUGAUCAACAUGUGGAGACAUGCUUCAGGGGAAAAUGCUAUAAUGGAACCAUUCUGAAUCUAGUGGAGAGUUGAGAAAACAUGUGUUUCUUAUAUUCAAGGUAAAUUGAAUUUUUGAAUUUUCGAAUAUGAGUUUAAAAACCUAAAUUAACGAACAUUUAAUGAGGCAAAAGGAUUGUUUUGGGUGUUUCAGUGUACAGUUGAAUCAGAACACCAAUCAUUUACAAUAGAUUAAAUAACAUAAAAGUGUUUGCCCCUGUGGUUUACUAGAGAUCGGAAUUGAUUAAUUGUGUGCAUGACAUAGUUCACACAAGUCAAUACUUGGAUAUAAGACACACUACAAUAUUGUCUGUAAACGUGAAAAUCAGACACAACCUGAAUGUCAGACACACUACAAUUAGGUGGAUACAGUGUGUAAACGAGGAUGUUGCUCUCGCUACAUUGUUGUGUGUGAAAACUUUGAUGUCACACUAACUAUAGUCAACUUCAUCUUGUGUCUAAACGUGAUGUCAGACAUAUUGCAAUUAAGUGGAUACAGUGUGUAAACGUGGACGUUGGUCACACUACAUUGAAGUGUGUGAAAACGUUGAUGUCACACAACUACCGUCAAGUUCACUUUGUCUCUGAGCAUGGAUGUUGACAAGCUACACCAAAUUGUGUGAAAACGUUGAUGUUUAACUAUAUAAUGUUUACAAGUCAACACAGUGCGUAAACGUGGAAGUGAUACAUUACAUUGUGCUAUGUCAGUACGUGGAUGUCAGAUUCAUUACCGUAAAGUCCCUAUUGUGUGUAAACAUGGAGAUCACAUUAAGUACAGGUUGGUGGGUUGAAACGUGAAUGUCAGACAAACUACACUCUAAAAUAUAUUUGGUUUGAUGUCACACAUAUUACAGUCAAACCGAUAUUGUGUGUAAAAGUGGACGUUAGACAACUGCACUCAAAUAUACAAUUGGUUUGAUGUCACACAUCAAUAUUGUGUGCAAAUGUGGAAGUCAGACAAACCCUGAUGUAAUGUGUGAAAAGUGGAUGUCACAAACUACAGUGGAACCAAUGUAUGUAAACGUAGAGAAAACACAAACUACAUAAUACUGUGUGUAAACGUGGAAGUGACACACAGCGGAUAAUGCACUACGCUUUACGUGUCCGACUAUUGUGGAAGCAACAGGUAUUCAGUGUGUUCAGUUAUCAGUGAUCUUUGUGGAAUACCAGGGGAUUAGCCAGUUAUGAAUUAUCGGAUAUAAUGGGAUGCAUUUGAAUGCUUCAUCUCUAUCAAAGGUUGGAACAGUAAAAACAUUGCCCACGGAGUUGAUGGUAUCAGGAAGUUUUUAUGAACAAGGCAAUAUGAAGUAUACCCCAGUGAGCAUAAACCGUGUCCUGUGGGUGUGUGGAACGUAUACAUACUGAACAGUGUUAACUGAACAAUGUCUGGAGUAAGUAGUGUGUCCGUUGUUCUCAACGCGAGCAACGUCAGUGACGUCGUUGUAACCAACUUCUCCAUCGAAGACUACGUCCUCACCAACCUUGGCCCGAAAAACAUGGGUAGCACAGCCGGCAUCCUCCUCACCAUCAUCUACAGCCUCAUCUUCAUCUCUGGUACCAUCGGCAACGUUUGCACGUGCAUCGUCAUCGCCCGCAACUCCAACAUGCAGACGACGACUAAUUACUACCUCUUCAGCCUGGCAGUGUCCGACCUAAUGCUACUGCUGUUUGGCUUACCGCCGGAGUUGUACGCCAUAUGGGAGUCGUAUCCAUGGAGAUUUGGGGCAGCCUUCUGUAUACUUCGUCAGUCUGUGAUGGAGAUGACGUCAUAUGCGUCGGUCCUGACAAUCACAGCCUUCACCGUUGAGCGUUACUUGGCCAUUUGUCGUCCACUUCAGGCACACCGUAUGGCGGGUCUGUCCCGAUGUCUCCGGACCAUCGUCGCCAUCUGGGUUGUCUCCAUCCUCGUGGCCCUCCCCUUCUCCAUCCACACCCGCGUGUUCCACGAGCUGCACCACCCCAUCACGAAAGAACCUAUCCCAGAAUCCCUCAUCUGCAACAUCCGGAUUGAGUGGCGGGGACGGAUGACGUACAUGUUCCAGAUCUCCACCUUCCUGUUCUUCGUCACUCCCGUCGCCGUCAUCAUCUGCCUCUACAUCCUCAUCGGCAUCGCGCUCAGAAAGUCACAGUUAGGACGAAGAACGUCGGAAGAGUCAAAAUACGGCAGUGGCAAACUUAGACCUCCAUCACAGCCCAAAAGAGUUGUAAUUCGUAUGUUAGUUGCUGUAACCGUGGCCUUUAUUCUGUGCUGGGCGCCUUUCCACUCACAGAGGUUGAUGGUUUUGUACGUCUCCAUGUGGACUCCAUUGUUGAUGAAAGUGCAGAGUACUCUCUUUUACAUCUCAGGUGUCCUGUACUUCGUGAGCUGCACCGUUAACCCAAUCCUGUACAACGUCAUCUCACGCCGAUACAGAUGUGCAUUCAAGGAGACAAUCUGCUUCUGCUAUUACAAACGUGGGACAUUCUCCUACACCAGCAGUGUCCUGAGAGGCAACUCAGAGAGACCACUGAAACAACCAACGGUUAUUAAAAGGGAUUCUAACUCAACAUUCCACAACAGGAACUCGCUGUCACAUCCAGUGGUCAACGGGAACGUUCCCGAAAUCCUUAAAACCAAGUUGCUUGAUGAUUCGUUUGAUAGUAAAGCUAGUCGCUUGUCAAGAAUCAAUGGCGUGAACGAUGUAAAUACUUGCAAGACCUGUGGCGAUCGCCAAAAUGGUUAUAUGACAUCGGAAGGGACAGCGCUGUUGACAAAGGGAUUUUGUGCUCUGCAACAGUCUCCAUUAAAUGAUGUUUUAAAAGGUAACGGAUCAGUUGUCUAGCAGGAUUCUGACCUCUUGUAUCAACUGUCCGUCUUUUGAAAGAGAUAUAUAGUGAGACAUGAGAGUUUCAACAUUCCAAAUAAUCCGAAGGAUCCAACACAAAAGGUUUUCGGUUGUUGACCUUUGUUGAAUGUGUCCUUGACAUAUCCACCAGCCUGAUUGACCUAAUCGAUUCUGAAAUGUCUCUUCGCUGGUUUUCUCAUUUAAAAGUGGCUGUUUUUUUGUGAUAACUGACUGGAAUUGGGAAUUCAUUGUCACGUAGAUUGCAUCACGUAAGUAGAAUGUGCUGGUAUGGUACUGAUUCAUGGUGAUGCUGUGACAACCAUUAAGCCAUUUCCCCCUUGUCCAGCUGUUAAGUGUGGACGCCGUGCUCGAAGAGGAUCUACGCUUCCCACUACCACACUGUGUGAACCUGGGAUUCUGCUCCUGGAAUAUUUUUACGUGGGGAAUGACCUCGAUCCGACGAAAAAUCUUCAUGACUUAGAUAAAAAAAACUAGACAAGCCUCAUAACGGGAUAUCGAGUCCCGAGGACAUAAAGCAAAGAAAAACAACUUCGUAUUAUUGAAAUACAUGUACCCUACCUUUGUCCUUCGUGGAUUCUCAGGUGAUUUUAACCAUUACCCCUAAUAAUUUUAAGCCCAUCUUCUGUCAGAAAUAGCAAUUUUAAACAUUAUUCCUUUUGACAUAUAGAGUUGAGAUUAUCAACUGACUUCUUCCAAUGCAAUGUUAGUACUUCAUCUUUAUCAUUGAUUCUACAGCUUCUUGAAUGCCACUCUAAUAUAUCACCCCUAUGAUGUGUGCUGUAUUUACUUCUGGCUGUCGUGCAAGGCUGUUUUACUUUAAACUGGGAGAACCAAAUUAAAAGGCAUGUAUUCAUGUUCAAAAUCAGUGUGGGAAAGUUUAUCUUCGUCAAACCGUUUUCUCCAUAUCCUGCUCAAAUCAAGACAUUAUCACAGUAAAAAUGAAGAAUAUUUUGCAUUGAAAUAUUAUACAACGUUACAACCAUGGCCCCAACUGGAACUAGAAUUGGCCCUAGCUUUGCUGGGUAGAUGUAACUUAAAGGGUCGUGGGUAGAGGGUCAGCGACGUGAUUCAGUGCAUAUGAGUUCAUCACUCACUGGGUGUGUCAUCCAGAUUGAAUAUUUACAGAUUUUCAUCAUGUAGUAACGGGCGAAGAGUUGAAAGUAGCAGCCCCAAAAUGUAACCAUGGGCUGUGUAAAUAACCUUAUACUUGUGCUUUGUUGAUUUGUUUGACAUAUUGUACAGUUUAUUCCAAGGUAAAAUAUUGUUCAACU